CGGUGUUUAGGGAUAGCAAGGUGAAGCUGUAUGGGAGGGACCUGCUGAAGGUGUAUGGGGAUCCGAUACCAGAGAGCUUGGGCCUGGUGUGCGCGGCGGUGUAUAUAUCGACGAUGGUGCUCUUCAUUCCGUUCGCGUUCUCCUCAAGUAUGCGAAGCUUCCCCAAGAAGAUUCGCGAGGGUAUCAGUAUCACAGAGCUCCCUCUAUAUCAGCUCUCCCUUUAUCUCUCCUCCCUGCUGUCCAUCCUGAUAGCCACCAUGCUCGGCUUCCUCGACGACCUCUUCGACAUCCGGUGGCGGCACAAGAUCCCGAUACCCAUCAUCGCAUCUAUACCCCUCCUUACUGUGUACUAUGCCGAGCGAGGGAACACGCAAAUCGUGGUUCCUCUGCCUCUUCGUGGGCUACUAGGAACGCUAGUCAAUCUAGGUCCUCUUUACUACCUCUACAUGUCCCUCCUCUCCACCUUCGCCACCAACAGCAUCAACAUCCUCGCCGGCAUCAACGGCUCCGAGGUCUCCCAGGCGCUCAUCAUCGCUCUCUCCGUCAUCCUCAACGACCUCCUGUACCUCCCCUGGCCGCUGAACUUCCGCAUCCCCCUCCACCUGCUGGGAAGUAACCGCGAGGUCGGCGUCGGCGGCGUGUGGAGUGCGGGGAUGGCGUAUGGGAGCAGGGAACUUGUCGAGAGGCAUUUGUUCAGUUUGUACUUCAUGCUGCCGCUCGUGGCGGUCUGCUUGGGGUUUGUGUAUCAUAAUUGGUACCCGGCGCGUGUGUUUCCUGGCGAUACGCUAUGCUACGUGACGGGCAUGACGUUCGCUGUUGUGGGCAUACAGGCGCACUUCUCGAAGACGCUUCUGCUCUUCUUCAUCCCCCAGAUCUUCAACUUCGUACUGUCAUGUCCUCAGUUGUUCGGCAUCGUGCCCUGCCCUCGACAUCGGGUGCCAGAAUAUCGUGCUGAAGAGAACAUACUCUACCCCUCGCGUGUCGAGAUCAAGCAGCCCGUAAAGCCGCUCACGAAUGCGACUCUCCGCUUGCUCGCCGCACUGCGCCUGACUCGGCUCGCAGUCGACGAGAAGACUGGCGCCAUCACCCAUACGACCAACCUCACCAUCCUCAACUUCUUCCUCGUGCAUCUCGGCCCCCUGCGCGAAGACACCCUCGUGAAAGUCCUAAUGACCGUCCAGGUAGCCGGGAGCGUGUUCGCGUUCGUCGUGCGCUACGUCCUCGCCGGGCUCGUCUACGACGGGGACAGGAGAUGAUGAACGAUGACCUUGGUGGUGGACGGGGCGGCACGACGGCAGGACUCGUGGCCACUAUGAACCGAUCGGCGCCUCGGCCGGGAUCGGGGCGCAGCCACCCCCCGAGGGCGGGCCUCCGCGCAUUGCGUGCGCCUCUCUUCCUCCGCGCCCGGGACGGCGUUAGCGGCGGCGGACGGGGGCAGACACCGCGCCAGGCCGCGCGCUCGUCGUCGUACUAUCUGUGUAUCUCGUUGCUCGACGUGCUAUGGACUGCGUGCGCGCCUGUGCUUCCUCG